AUGUCAUCUACCGCACCAGAGUUAUCAUACUCUUCUACCAGUCGACGAUUCGACAAUGAUCACACCGAUGCCAACGAAGAGGAGGGUAAGAAGACUAUCCCCCACCAAGAUUUGAACGAUCAAGAAGGUGGUGCUCAAUUCUACGAAGACAAUUCAUCGCAAGAGAACAUGUUGGCUGGUGUAGCUAAAGUAGAAGCUCUUCAGGCUGUUUGGGGUCCUACCUCCAAGUGGUUCUUGUUUGUUGGUAUCGGUCUAUCGGCUUACAUCUAUUCUCUCGAUGGUGUCACUACAUGGCAAUACCUUUCCUACGCGACCUCGUCUGUGCUCAAGCACUCUGUCUCAGGAACAAUCUCCACCGCCAAUGCCAUCAUCAUCGCAGUUGGUAAACCAUUGAUGGCAAAACUCGCUGAUGUCGUCGGUCGAGCUGAGACUUUCGUCAUCGUCACUGUUCUCUACGUUGUUGGAUACAUUGUCAUUGCCACUGCCAACGAUGUCAAUCAAAUUGCCGGUGGUCAAGUAUUGUACUCUUUCGGAUACACUGGUCUUCAAAUGCUCCAACAGAUCGUCAUUGCCGAUAUGACCAACUUGAGAUGGAGAGGUCUCGUCACGGGUCUUGUAUCAGCUCCUUUUAUCAUCAACAAUUUUGUCUCCGCCGAGAUCGCCGAAGGUGUCUUGCCAAACUGGAGAUGGGGUUAUGCUAUGUUCGCCAUCCUUGUUCCCGUUUCCCUCGCUCCCAUCAUCGUAACCCUCUUCUGGGCUCAAUGGAAAGCCAAAAAGUUGGAUCACAUCAAAGCUCAACCAAAUGCUUACAAACCCUGGUCCAAGGUCAUCACUGACGCCGCCAUUGAGAUGGAUCUCGCUGGUCUUAUUUUGAUCGCUGCUUCUCUCGCUUUGAUCCUCCUUCCCCUUGGUCUCGCUCCUUCCGCCAAAGGUCAAUGGCACAACGCUAGUAUGAUCGCCAUGGUCACCAUCGGUGCUGUUCUUUUCCCACUCAUGCUCGUCUACGAAUGGAAAGUACCCCGAAGACCCGUUGUACCCAUGAGAUGGCUCAAACGAGGACCCAUUCUCGGUGCCUGUUUGAUUGGUUUCACCGACUUUGUCUCUUUCUACCUCCAAUACACCUAUCUUUACUCUUACGUCUAUGUCACCCAAAACUGGAGUUACCGAGACUUGACCUACUACAGUGCCACUCAAUCUCUCGCCCUUACCAUCUUCGGUAUCUGCGGAGGUAUCAUCAUGUACUUCACUCGACGAUUCAAGUGGAUGCUCUUUGCUGGUCUUCUCGUUCGAUUGAUCGGAUGUGGUUUGAUGCUCAAAGCUCGAUCAGCUACCGGUAACACCGCCGAACUAGUCAUGUGUCAAGUUCUCCAAGGUCUCGGAGGUGGAUUCGCCGCUAUCGCCAUUCAAGUUUCAGCUCAAGCUGCCGUAGCUCACGUCGAUGUCGCUACUGUUACCGCUAUGGUCUUAUUGAUCACCGAAGUUGGAAACUCUGCCGGUUCAGCUGCCGCCACCCAGAUUUGGGCUUCUCACAUGCCUGCUGCUCUUGCCAAACAUGUCCCAACCACCAAUGCCACCUUGCUUGCUGACCUUUACGGAUCAAUCACCCAAAUUGCUCUUUACCCUCAAGAUGACCCUAUCAGAAUCGGUGCUAUCACCGCUUACCAAGAUGUCAUGUACAAGCUCGUUCUUGGUGCUUUGAUCGUCGCCAUCUUCCCUCCCAUCUUCUGUAUCUUAUUCACCAAGGACAUCAAACUCACCCGAGCUCAAAAUGCCGUUGACGCCAAAGACUUGGCUGGUAACCCCACUGGCGAAGAUAGGGAGUUCGAGGACAACAGAACUCCCUCUGAGAGAAACUUGGAGACUUCGCAGAGGGUCUAA